AUGAGAGCAAUUGGUUUGCUCGUUGUAAGCACCUCAAUAGGUGAUAUUAAAACAAUAUUAAAGUCAAUUUUUACUACCACUCUACACAAAUGUGAUGGGAUAAAUGAUGAUCAGGAACCAACUGCAUGUGAGAAUGCUAAAAGGUUCUUAAAACAAAGAAUAGCAACUCAUAUUGUAGAAAUUGAUUAUGAAAAUGAAGCAAAUGAAGAGUUACACUAUGAAGAAGAAACCGAUGAUGUGUCGUCUCCAGUAGCUUCCACUAAGUAUAUGCCAGGACAUGAAACGAUUAUACGAAGAAUGUGA